AUGGCCAAGCUCCGGAGAAACAGCGCAAUUGUUUGCGCUGUGUGCUACUUCAUCUCCAUCAUAUUCCUCAUUCUCGUCAUCAUCGGUAACACAUCCAUCAAGCCCGUCCUCACCGAUAUCUACUUCUUCAAGCUCGACGUUUCCGACAUCAUCCCCCUCUCGUCGUCGGACAAUGCCGUCCUUCUCAACUCCAUAGCUCGGAGUCUUGGCCUCCACGACUUUUACCAGGUCGGCCUGUGGAACUUUUGUGAGGGCUACAAUGACGAAGGCGUAACCUUUUGCUCAAAGCCCCAGAGGCUGUAUUGGUUCAACCCCAUCGAGAUCCUGACCAACGAGCUCCUGGCCGGCGCGACCAUCGCUUUGCCAUCGCAGGUCAACACCAUCCUCGAUAUUCUCCGCAUCGGGCAGCAGGUGAUGUUCGGCCUCUUCAUCUCAGGAAUCUCCCUCAACGCCGCCCUGAUCUUCGUCACACCCCUCGUCCUGCGCACUCGGUGGUGGAGCCUGCCUAUCGCCAUAUUCGCAGGCAUUGCUGGUCUCCUCGUCACUGUUGCCUCCAUCAUUGCGACCGUCAUGAGCGUCGGCGCUCGCUACGCUCUCACACAGCAGCAGGAGCUCAACAUCAGCGCAGAUCUUGGCGUGCGCAUGUUCGUCUUCAUGUGGAUUGCGUCUGGUCUGACGGAUAUUGCGUUCCUCUUCCAUGCCGCCAUGGGAUGCUGCUGCUCGCCGAGGAAGGAGAGGGCCGCUGCUGCGGCCGCGGGCACGCCAGAGAAGACGGAGACAACGACGACAAGUAACGGCGAGAAGCCUUCGAGGUUGCCGGCGUUCAUGAGGAAGCGCAGCCCGAGGUCGUCCACUUCGUAA